AUGACACUUUUUUACCUGUCACAGAGAUACACACACCAAAAAAAACAAAACAAAAAUAACCCGCGUAGACGUAGAUUCAUUAAGCUACAAUAUAAACGACGCUGCGUUCAACGACUUUUUCCGUUCCAUUCAGAUUUCGUAAACGACAACAGCCACAUACGGUGCCGCUCGGUGGUGCCACCGUUACGAUUCAAUCCACACUUUCCUACCUUCCUUGAACGACAUCGUAUUGAUCAAUCUCAUAAAAGUUCCUCAUUAAUCUCAAUUACCAAACCCUAAUUCAGAGAAAGUUCAUUUCUCCAAAAUUAGCUUGCAAAUGGCAUCUUCUUCAGACUCAUGGAUGAAGGAAUAUAAUGAAGCAAUGAAACUUGCCGAUGAUAUCACUGGCAUGAUUUCUGAACAUAAUUCAUUUCCUUCGUCCGGACCAGAAACACAGCGUCAUGCAUCUGCUAUAAGAAGGAAGAUCACAAUAUUGGGGACCAGACUGGAUAGCUUGCAAUCCCUUUUGUCAAAGGUCCCUGUAAAGUCUGACAAAGAGAUGAAUCGUCGCAAGGACAAUCUUGCAAGUUUGAGGUCAAAGGUUAACCAAAUGGCUUCAACGUUGAACAUGUCAAACUUUGCAAAUAGGGAUAGUUUGUUUGGGCCUGAAAUUAAGCCAGAUGCAAUGAGCAGAACUGUUGGCUUGGAUAAUAAUGGACUUGUUGGUCUGCAACGGCAAGUUAUGAAAGAGCAAGACGAGGGCCUUGAGAAAUUGGAGGAAACAGUAUUAAGUACAAAACAUAUUGCAUUGGCAGUGAAUGAAGAGCUUAGUCUACACACUAGACUCAUUGAUGACUUGGACGAACAUGUAGAGGUUACAGAUUCUCGGCUAAGGAGAGUGCAGAAGAACUUGGCAGUUUUAAACAAACGCACCAAAGGUGGUUGCUCGUGCUUGUGCAUGCUAUUAUCAGUGAUUGGUAUAGUGGUUUUGGUUGUUGUCAUAUGGCUUCUGGUCAAAUAUUUGUAGAUAUGAAAAAUACCCAUCUCGCAAACUUUUUCCUCAAGUUUAAGUUUCUGAAUGUGUGCCUUGAAACAUAUAUCAUAUAUAACCGGGUUUCUUUGAUUGUUCUUGGUACUUUGCAAUGACAUGAAAUUUAUUGCGUUCUUGAAAGGCUAUGAUUUGUAAUUGUGAGAUCUUUUUUAAGUGUUGAUAUUUCUUUUUGUUUGUUAAAGUAUAUGAAAGUAAAUGUGACAUGUAAUGAUAACUUAAGUUGCCUAUUAAUGAGUGAGAUCAUUCAAAUAUAUCAAGAUCGCCAGGGGCACUAGGUUGCAA